AUGUUUAGGUCAUCUGAACCGAAGAGUACGCAUUGUGAUGCACUGGCAGAAGCUACCAUUUUUGGCCAUAAAGAAACAGUCCGACUUCUCCUAGAGAAAGGAGCCCAACCUGACAAGGGUAAUGCGCUAAAAGCAGCCUCAUCCCGUGGGCGUACAGAAAUAGUCAGACUUCUUCUUGACGGAGGCGCCCAGCCUGAUAAGGGUGAUGCACUGACAGCAGCUGCCACUAAUGGCCGUAAAGAAACUGUCCGACUUCUCCUAGAGAAAGGAGCCCAACCUGACAAGGGUGAUGCGCUAAAAGCAGCCUCAUCCCGUGGCCAUACAGAAAUAGUCAGACUUCUCCUUGACGGAGGCGCCCAGCCUGAUAAGGCUGAUGUGCUGACAGAAGCUGCAACUUAUGGCCACACUGCAAUAGUCGGACUACUCCUAGACAAAGGCGCCCAACCUGAUAAGGGUGAUGCACUGGCAGAAGCUUCCACUAAUGGCCAUAAAGAAACAGUCCGACUUCUCCUAGACAAAGGAGCCCAACCUGAAAAGGGUGAUGCGCUAAAAGCAGCCUCAUCCAGUGGCCAUACAGAAAUAGUCAGACUUCUCCUUGACGGAGGCGCCCAGCCUGAUAAGAGUGAUGCGCUAAAAGCAGCCUCAUUCCGUGGCCAUACAGAAAUAGUCAGACUUCUCCUUGACGAAGGCGCCCAACCUGAUCAGGGUGAUGCGCUAGAAGCAGCCUCUUCCAGUGGUCGGACAGAAAUAGUCAGACUUCUCCUUGACGGAGGCGCCCAGCCUGAUAAGGGUGAUGCACUGGCAGAAGCUGCCACUAAUGGCCAUAAAGAAACAGUCCGACUUCUCCUAGAGAAAGGAGCCCAACCUGACAAGGGUGAUGCGCUAAAAGCAGCCUCAUCCCGUGGCCAUACAGAAAUAGUCAGGCUUCUCCUUGAUGGAGGCGCACAGCCUGAUAAGGCUGAUGUGCUGACAGAAGCUGCAACUUAUGGCCACACUGCAAUAGUCGGACUACUCCUAGACAAAGGCGCCCAACCUGAUAAGGGUGAUGCGCUAAAAGCAGCCUCAUCCCGUGGCCAUACAGAAAUAGUCAGACUUCUCCUUGACGGAGGCGCACAGCCUGAUAAGGCUGAUGUGCUGACAGAAGCUGCAACUUAUGGCCACACUGCAAUAGUCGGACUACUCCUAGACAAAGGCGCCCAACCUGAUAAGGAUGUGAUUGAAAAGGCAAGAUCUCGUGGUCAUACUGAAAUAGUCGAACUACUUCUGGACAAAGACAGAUCAAUCGGACGAACUGAAAUGAAGACUAGUGUGUCGACGUCGGAUACACCAGACGCUUCAAUACAAAGUGGUGAUGAUGAUGGAGAUACGAAAUCGCUAAUCGAAAUCGUGAAGAAGAGAGACAUCGAAAAGUUUGAAACUUUAGAAAAGAAGUUUUCGACAACAGAAACAACCGAAAGCAUUCUUCAUAUUGUAGCUGUGUUUGGCUCAUCAGAAAUGCUAGAAUGUAUGAGGAAAUGGAAGGGAAUCGAAUGGGAUGAAGAAAGGGAGAUCCACGAACACAUAUUCGGUGAAGCUUUGAAGGGAUUAACAGUCGGUAAUGCCACGGCGUUAUAUUUAGCGACUUUAAUGGAGAGAACGGAGAUGGUAUGCUCGCUCAUCAAAUACUCUGGAGAAGACAAUAUCAAACGCUGCUUUCGAAUAUUACACCUCAGUGACGAAAUGGAAGAGAUAUACAUGUUGGAUCAAGCCGAAAAAUUGAAAACAAAAUAUUAUAAACUUCGACCCGCCGUCAUUCCAGGACAUCGCGUGGGAAAAGAUGGACAACGCACCCGAGCUUUCAUUGUAUAUUCAACACAUGAAAAUAAGGCUUCAAACUAUGAACUUGGUGAUGGCCUCGGUUUGGUUAUGAUUCGAAAUCCGUACAUUUAUAAAAAAGAGAGAGAAUGCACCGAAGAUGGAAGGAAGAUGGUUCCAUACAAAGAUACACAACGAGCUGAAAAUGCACUAUCACUCCACCAAAGGAAUCUUUGGGCUAACCAUAGUAACUUAAAUAUUAUAAACGUCAGUCCUGUGAUAUACCGGAACAACGGAGACGACAUCAUCGAAAAGCCAUGCAUCGCACUAUACUGUAGUACAAAGGGCGUAGUGCCACUCGGAGAACCAGAGUUCCCGAAACAGUUAGAGUUAGAAGACGGUGAUUUUAUUGAUGUUGAUGUACACGAAGGUUAUUUCAAACGAGGCGGAUAUAAUUCACUGCCAAGUGAUCACUUUCAUUCGACUCUCAAAAUGGGUUGUGAUAUCGGAAGGUCAACUCCUGAAUAUGAUGCAUGCGGGAAUCCCCUUCAACUGAUUGGAGGCACACAUGGUCCGUUUGUGAAGUUUAAUAACAAUAUUGGAUUUCUUACCUGCGCACACGUGUUGUUUGAUAUUCCAGUUACAACAAAAUGUGUAGAUUACACACACAACGGUAAUAACACAGUUAAAGUCGUACAACCUUCAGUUGAUUCAACGGCUUUUGCAGGUUCUCCAUGUGGACAUGUCCAUAGAGCUAUUUUCAAUCCGCAGCUGGAUCCAAGUAUUGAUGUCGCUGUUGUUGAGGUGACUGAUCCGAGUAGAUUACCAACUGCUGGUCAAUUUGCCAAUGCGAAACACAGUAGCUACAAAAAUGCAGGGUUUGACCAACUUCCCGAGUAUAACAGUGGAUCCAUCCAAGAAGACUUAACAGAUUUCGGUACAACACACAUUGUGUUUAAAUUUGGAGGUUCCAGUGACGUCACAAAAGGAACACUAGAUGUGUGUGGAACUCACGUAAGACCACUGUCCACGGCUCUCGGCUUACCUAGAUGUACAGAGAAGGUCGAAAUGCAAAACCAGUAUCAAGUCAGUGGUACCCAUCCAACAAUGACGUUUUUUGCAGAGGGAGACUCCGGUUCACCUGUGUUUAUGAAGUCCGACACAGGUGAAUUAGUAUUAAUAGGAAUGGCUAUCGGACAUGCGUAUGUAGGUACCAACCCAUUUCCAUUAGCAGUUGUUACGCCUAUCGGUGCAAUAUUGAAAACUUUAGGCACACAGUACUCAAUAGCAUCGUUUCCAUAGGAACAUAUCAACAGUUAUUACUGCUGUAGAAUGUAGAGAUUUUCCUAACUGAUCUUUUACGCUACGUCGCAACAUUGAGUUAGGUUCCAUCUGUUUAACGUCAUGUAUAAAUCUAUCAUCACAUAAUGACUUAACUUGAUGCCUUUUGGUUUAAUGGAUGGCGAUGUUAUCGCGCACCUUGCGACUUAAUCUCUUAAUUGUGAGACAACGAUUUACACAUUGUUGUUUUAUAAUUCGAUAUUACAAACCAACCAAGGACUCAGGUAACUUAUAUGACGAUGAUUUGCCACAUGCCACAAAAACUAUCUUAUUUAUUACUGGUGUGUUUGUUACAUACCGCAGCCUCACAAAACCCACACACGCACUCACCACACGCAUGCAUAUCGCAAACACGGGAGGCCGUCCUUAAAUGACCUUAGCUGUUAAUAGGACGUUAAACAAAUAAAACCAAACCAAAGCAAAUUGUUCACAAAUUUCACUACUUGCUAUUACUUUUGUAUUUGUUGACAGAUUUGCAUGGUUGCAAGUAUUUGUUUUGGAUAUUUUUUUUGUAAAUUUUUACUGAUUAACAUUUUUUUAUAUUUCUUCAAUGUCACGGGAUCAAACAGCUGAAUUUGAAUUUCAAGUUUAAUAUUUUUCACUGAUGAAUGUUUUGUUAUGACAAUUUGAUGCACAAUUAAAGGUUAAUUCAACUGACCAAAGAUCAAGUUUACUUGAUUAUAGUUUGUUUGGUUUAUCGCCCUGUGAACAGCUAGGGUUUUUACAGACAGUGUUCCUUGUAGUAGGCAGUGACUACCGCACAGAAUUAAAUACGAGAGACGUUGUGCCUGUCAAACCGAGCAAUAAGGAUGUCUUUAAUCUGUUCUAAUCUGUUCCUUAGCUUCUCGAGGAACACGUCACCAGAAAGGAUUGCAAAAUAACUACCUGAACACUUUCAAUAUCUGCACCAAUUUAUAUAUCUAUAUUUAUAUUUUUACGGCUAAAUUAUGAGUACUGCUCAACUCCUACACAAAACUGAUUUUUUUUAUUGUAUUCUAUACAUAAACAACAGAGAAUACCGACAUAAUGACGAAACUGUUGAACAGUUAUAACGAUAACUAUUCGUUGAUGGGUUUGUACGCUCAGUGUUACUCUUUUACAAAUAUGUCUUGUUAAUGAUAUGACAUAGUGUUUUCAAAUUCGUUAUAAUUGUAGGAAUGUUGUUGUAUUCGAAUUCACAAGUAACUUAACUUCUGAUACUGACCCUGAUGUUUUUCGUUCGUCAUUCUUAGACCUACAGUCAAAAUACAGUGGCUUCCAAUCAUUCUACACUGAUGGUUCUAAGAACGAUCAUAAGGUAGCGGCAGCCAUGGUUAUUACAAAUGCAGCCUUGGGAUGCCGACUUCCUAAUGACGCUUCGAUAUUGUCUGCAGAGGCCCAUAAUAUCUGCCUUACUCUCCAACACAUUAAAACUUACAAUGUAACGAGAGUAAGUAUCUAUUCUGACUCUAUCUGUCUUACAGAGUCCAAGUAACAGAAAUCUAGAUGACAUGUCCAUUCGAAAAAUACUGAUUUUACUGCAUAGUCUCACCUUUAGUUGUCAUAUCAUAUUUUGCUGGGUUCCUGGACAUACCGGAAUUCCUGGCAAUGACAAAGCAGAUCGCGCCACAAAAGUGGCAUUAUCACUUCCACCAACUGAUUUUAAAAUUCAUUUCACCGAUUUUAAGCCGUUAGUUACUAAUUUUUUUAUUAUCAAAGUGGCUAAAUGAAUGGAAUCAAUAGGUAGACAAUAAACUAUAUUAAAUCAAAGGAAAUAUCGGCGAAUGGUCUCCUUGCUACAGAGACAAUCGACGAGACGAGGUUGUUCUUGCCCGUCUUAGGAUUGGCCAUACAUAUAUAACGCAUUCCUACUUAUUGAAGCGUGAGGACCAACCCCAGUGCGUCGUGUGCAAUGAACCAUUUACCAUCAUUACAACAGCAUGACAAGUCUGAUGACUGUGUUCGAGUCUUUUAGUAUAUACAAAAUUUUGAACUAUCGGACAGUUAUUGGCUUUUACCACAAUAUUUGACUAACAAUAGCCACUUUUGAUUUUAAACCUAUCGUGAGUGUAACAAUAUACAAUUUUG